AUUGUGUGAGUGAGAUAGUUAAUUUACAUUACAUACUUUAUAAUAAAAGAUAAUGAUGACAGUAGCGUGAUAUGAUUAUCGGCGUUUUACAAUUAAUUUGAAUAUUAACUCAUUAAUUUAGAACAAGUAUUUUAUCAAUAAUUAUCGUCGAAACAAACAUUUUGUUACUAUAUAAUGUCAAUGCUGAAGCAUUAAUUGCAAGUUUGCUUUAAAUUAUUGUAGUCCUUAGGUCCUUGGAAGGUCAUAGAAUUAACUAUUAUGUCUCCUAAAGUUAUGAAUGCAAGGCUUAACAAUGGGAAAGAGAUUCCGAUGGUGGGUCUAGGUACAUAUACGCGUCAAUUUGAUCCGGAGUUAGUUAAACAAGCUGUGGAAUGGGGAAUAGAUUUUGGUUAUAGACACAUAGAUACUGCAUCAUUUUAUAAGAAUGAAGAGCUGCUAGGGGAGGUAAUAGCCAAUAAAAUUAAACAAGGCUGUGUUAAAAGGGAAGAUUUAUUUGUAACAACAAAGCUAUGGAGCGACAGUCACUCUGAAGAGGAUGUGAUACCCGCAUUGAAGGAAUCAUUGAGAAAAUUAAAACUUGGUUAUAUCGAUUUAUACUUAAUACAUUGGCCUGUAUCUAUAAGUGAAAAUGGAGAGGAUGUAGCCAUAGAUUAUCUUAAUACCUGGAAAAGUAUGGAGCAGGCUGUAAAUCUUGGUCUUGCCAAGUCAAUAGGGGUGUCAAAUUUUAAUGAAGAACAACUGGAAAGGUUGUACAACCAUGCUAAUAUAAAACCGACAGUUAAUCAAGUUGAGAUAAGCCCAACAUUGACCCAACAUAAGUUAGUAGAUUUCUGCAAGAAACUAUCUGUGAUACCGAUUGCGUACACACCUUUGGGACUCUUGUCUGGGGCGAGGCCGGAAUUUAUUGGCAAGGAUGUCAUCAAAACGGAUCCUAAAUUAGAAAAGAUAGCAGAAAAGUACGGAAAAACUAAAGCUCAAGUGGUUUUAAGAUAUUUGAUCCAGCGCGGUAUCCCAGUGAUACCGAAAUCCUUUACCAAAUCCAGGAUAGAGGAGAACUUGAACAUUUUUGAUUUCGAGCUGACCAAUGAUGAAAUGUCGACCAUAGACGGCUACAAUCUAGAUCAUCGUUGUGUGCCUUCAUUGCGAUUCAAAUCCUGUACUUAUUAUCCAUUCUGAUAUAAAUGUUGAAGAUUUUAUCCAAAAACUUACAUAUAUAUAUAUAUAUUGUUAUCAAAAGGAUCUGUUACUAUACUAUUGUUGACUAGCACCGAGUAUACAAAUGUAUAUAAAUCAUAAAUAAAAUAUAAAUUAAUGAAAGAUGUUUGAAUAAAACAAAAUUGUGUAAAAAUUCAACCGAACGUUUAAUAAAUAAAGCAUAAUUGCAAAACAAAAGUUUAAAAGAAUAAAUGUUUUCCCAUAGAAAUGUAUUCGGAAUGUCCGAUUAGGAUCUCAUAAAUGCACAUGCGUACUAUCAACUGUGGCAUUCUUUGCCGGAAUUCUUAUAACCGAGGCAGUUCAGGCCUCUGAUAAACAUAGUUACAUUUGGCACCAUCCCUAUACAACAAAGUGAUUUACAAUCAACAAUGUUCAAUAUCAUAUAGAAAGAUCCUAAACGGCUUACAUAGAGAAAUGCAAUGCUAAUGUAUCAAGUAAAAGCAUUAUAUAUAAACAUAAUUAUUACCAUCAAAUAAAUAAAUUCUAACAAAUUAAAAAAACAAAUAAACAGAGUCAUAAAUAAAAACUUUUUCAUGUAUCCGAGUCAACUUAUAAUAAAUCAUAGACAUUGAAAGCACAAAUAUAACAUGGAUCCCGAUCCGUUAACGUCAUUUGAAUUAAAUCAUAUUUAAUUAAAUGCACACAUAAAUAUUAUAAUCACAAUGCAA